UUGAUGAUGUUGAUGUUGAUGUUUCAGUUUUCAGUGAGUUUUCAGCAGUUGGUCGUGUUGUCUUGUCUGUUGUGUUUUGUGUUUACUAGUUCCCAGAUUGGCGAUUUUAAUUUUUUCAACAAAUCUAUUGCCCUCCUUAUCCUACAUCCUAGUAGACGGGCGAGUACUUUUUUCUUCAAAAAUCUCUCGAGCAGUUCAUUCAUAAUAAGUAUAAUAACAAAUAAUUCGUAUUUGUGAUUGUAUAUAAACAUAAAAAUGUGGAAAAACCUCGAAGUUAACUAUGGUGAGAAAUUGCAAUUUUCAAGAUUGAACAAGGACCAGAAAUUGUUGAUUCUCACGUGUUGAAUAUUUUAUACGAACAAUGGCUGAAACAUGCACGGUAGUACAUUUUUCACGUGAGCCCUCAUUAGCAAGAAUCGACACAAUAAAAGGCAGCGAUUCCCCUGGGAAAAUCUCUGAAAGCUAUCAUAGUUUUGGGACGUUUUACGUGUGCUGCAUAGUACUUUCAAUUUUUACUUACCUCACAGACUUAGUGUUGGCAGUUACUUUGCUGUAUCAUUAUUCGAAUCAAGGAUAUGGAUUGUAUUUUGCGCUUACGUUAACCUUCGUUCUAUUGCCAGCAAUAUGUAUGAGCACACUCAGCUUGAGAUGGUACAUUAUUGACCACGAUGAUCCUUCAGUUGGCCGAGCAUCUCUUGUCCACUGGAUGAUCCGGAUACUGUUCCUGUUGCUCCAAAUAUCGCCUUUGCUCAGAUAUAUCGAAACGUUAGUUUAUGGUAUUCGGAGUAAACUUGCUGGAAAUGCAGAGAUUGAUAGUCAGCAGACAAUCUUGUACAGACGAAUGCUCGACGAAGAUACCAACAGUUCCUUGCUGAGGCUGUUCCAUUGUUUUCUACAUUGUGCCCCUCAGGCUGUGAUGCAGCUAGUGUUUUUGUUAAGUUUCGUUAUGUAUCCGGACCGGAACUAUAUAAAUUUAAAUGUUUCAAUAUUCCAAGCCUGGACAGUAUUCACUUCAGUCACCUCCAUUGCUUGGUCUCUAACCUCGUAUCACAGAUCCGUCCGGUUUGCCAGGGACGACAAAGACAAAAUCAAGUGGAUAGGACUGCUGGUUGCGUUUUGUUGGCAGCUUAUGAGUGCCUUAUCCCGAAUCCUAGCUUUAAGCCUCCUAGCAGCUAUCUUACCCACUUGGAUGGGAGUAAUUUGUGCUCUCCACUGGGGAGUAAUGUCCAUUUGGUUGGCUAUUGGUCAACACCAAACGGCAGCAUGCAGUAGCAGAUGUGAGGAAUUACUUCUGUCAACUGCUCUUGGAUUGGCGUAUGUUUUAGCAUUUAUUUCGCCCAGAGAUGGACCUACUAGAUACGUUUAUCUAGUAUACUAUUUAGUUUGUUUUAUGGAGAAUACUGGGGCCUUAGUUGUGUGGUGCGUCACCAACAAUUCCACAAGUAACCCAUUACUCUACUACGGCGCCGCGGGUAGCCAAGUGUUAAGUUUUGUUUUAGCCAUAGCUUUUCUAAUUAUCUACUACAAGUACUGCCAUCCUUCUUUAUCGAAACAAACAAAAAUCCCCAACAGUCAUUCCGGCUAUAUCGAAAACGAUAAACCUUGUUACAGUAAAACUUCAUAUAAUGUGCGGACGAGCUCCUGAUCCAUAGUCUUCGUCUAAUUUUAAAUUUUCAGAAAAAUUUGGUAAUUAUCAAGAGGAAAAGAGGUUUGUUGAAAUUAUACAGCGUGUUUCUUGAGUCAAGUUAUUUGAUUCAAGAUUAUGCUCUAGAUCAAGCGAGAAGAUGUGUUAAAUAGGUACCUUGUUAAGCUGUUCAAAUACCAAUGUUGGAAAUUCCAAUUCUGUUGACAAGAGCAUGAGGAAGGAUAAAGAUUGAGAUACUCCAGCAUAGUUUUCAUCAGCAACAGUAAGAACGCCAGGUGAUCAACCGUUUUUCGAAGAAGUUUCUCGAGCAAUAUAUUCAAGAGAUUGCAGACUCAAUAUAGGAAAUAGACUUGGAGUAUUGAAGUCUCUAGUCGGGAAACCUACACACAAGACAAGCUGCCUCCUUUUUUAAGGAUGAGCAUCGUCGAUCUUUCAGUACUUUCCUAAUAAUAUGGAUGAAAAAUUGACAAUUUGCUAACUCUUUGUUGGUGUUUGCUCUAGCGAGUGAAGAGUUUCUGUUAACGUCUCAUUACCAAUCAGUCUCACCGCUCUGAUAUUUAACAGUGCCAGAGAGUUUGUUGGAGCAUAAUACAAUAGACACUCUACUUCAGUGUGAGCUUUGCGUGCCUUAUAGAGUGUUACCGGUUAAUUUGGGAUAAAGUAUUUCUUGGCAUGGAAACUUUUGAGAAGCAGAUCUGGUCAAGUAGAUAUAUAUUAUAAAUAUUGGAAUUAAGUCUGAACUCAUCACCUGUAUAGAGAGGGAGGUAAAAAUUCAUGGGCGUACUGAGCUCCAUUUACAGCAAAAUUUCUGUUGAAAAAAUGAACUACGCCUAAUGAAAAAGAUUGUCAAAGAAGCAUUUCUCCAACAAAAAAUAACCCUCAAAAUGGGAGAUACAAUAUAUCAAUAAUUUGAGAAAUUUCUUAAAGCCAGAAACUUCAAGUACCCAACAUGAAACAUCUCCUUGUGAAGCAAAUUGACGCACGGCUUAUAUUUUCUUACAUCAAUUCAGUAUGCCUGAACGUUCAAACCAUAUUGCAAUCAUUUGUAAAAUUAAUGAAAACAGUCAUUUCUCGGAUAUACACAUCUUAAAGUUAUUUUGUCUAUAUUGCUAUAAAUAAUAAAGACUACAGCCCUAAAAUUGGGAACUUUGUUAUAAAUUUCCAAAAAAAAAAAGUUCGAAUGUAUGAAAUCUUGAUAAUUCACUCAAAAUUUAAAAUUUGACGAAAAAUGUUGCAUUGAAUUAAAGUGAGUACAUAUUAUUGUUAUUUGAAAAACAGUAUUUAUUGGUGAUAUUAUAAUGUACGUGACAAAAAUUAUUUUUCUAAGUAAUUGAUAAUAAUGUAUACUUAAAGAUAAAAGAUUACCUAUUCUAUUUUGGCAAAAAUAAUGUAUUUUGCAAAAAGUUUUCAAAAUGCCAUAUUGGAAACUUUUUUCUUCUAGUUGUUUGGAAAUAAUCUCUGAAAUUGUCAGAAGCAUUUCCAACGAUUCAACUUAUAAACUAAUUUCCAAAAAUUUUAUAUAUCAGGACCAAAUUUUAAAUUUGUAUACAAUAUUUCUCAUAAAAAAAUACCUGUGUAUUAUAUUAACGACCACAUUGGGAGUGCUUUAAUUGUAUAAAAAACGCGUCAUGAAGUGACCUAUAGUUAACUAAGAUGCCUUUUUGAAGUGCUUUCUCUAUUACAAAUAAUUAAGUGAUAAUGUUAUUGCUUGUGUGGCAUACAAUUUCUAGAAGAAAAUUUAGAUGGUGUUAUAUUCCACUAAGUGUGCUUAAGUGGUAAUUUUUGUUUGACAGGAUUUUAUGAUUCAGGUAUUCGUUUUGGCACUACUAGGUUUUUUGAAGUUUAGGGUAACAUAAAUAUAGUGCCAAAAAUUUAAGAACAGUUUGAGCAAAAUAAGUAGUUUUUUUGUUCCAUGCUUAAAUCAUUUUUUAUUUUUUUUCGACUUACCCUAACUAAAGAAGUCUCAUUUCAAAAAAUUCAUCAUUUUGUAUGAGAAAAAAGAUAUUUUUAAAAAUCGAUCAUAACCAACACAGGGUCUGUUUUUGUAAAAAAUAAUUUUUGUAAAUUUUACAAAGAACAUUUGUGGCUAGAGCAAUGUUGCAUUAUAAGGAUAAGGAGUCAUUGAACCUUGGUGACGAUGAACUUUGAAAAUGAGUUUAUUCUAAGUAAGAAUCAGUUUACUUGAUUCAAAUGAAAUCUGUUUAUUGCCUUAUAUAUGAAAAAUAAAUCUUGUAAAUAACAAAGUGUUAAGUAUGACAUUGUUGCACUAUUUUUUAAUGAUAAACCUAAAUAAUAAUAGCCAUAUUUAGACAAUAAUCACCAUAAAUCAAGCACGCAAAAAGUAACUACAGGGCUAUAGAAAAGUAUUAGGGAUUAGUUAAUUUUCGAGUCUGAAAAAGUUUCUUUUGCAUCAACUAAUAUUGAAUAAUGACCUCCACAAAGUAAGCUUUUCAUCAAUUUAGAGUUUUUUGUGUUCGCGUAUCUGAUGACUGAUUUCAAGGACUUGCUCUUUGGUGUGAAUUUCGCUCGAGGUGAACUUACACUCUACUUAUAGUGAGAGACAAUGAAUAUUUUUUCUGUAUGAUCCGCCUAGGGCAGCGCGAGACUAGGUAUAUUUCUGACUGAGAAUCUCUCUUAAAUUCCGAGAGAGACUCUAUCUAGAAAAAUACAUAAAACAACUUAAUUUCAUUACUUUUAUCAUUUUGCUUUUUUUAUUUAUUAAUAAAAGAAAGAAAGUCCAAAUAUAUUUCUGAUAAAAUACCUAGAGUUAUAUGAUAUGCCAGUUAUCAGUAGUAAAAAUAAUUACAUGAAAGUGCAAAAAUACCUAUGCUAUUUCAGUUAUACAAUUCCCGAGACUGAGUUUCAGCCAGUCUCGUCUUGGUCGCAAAACAUUAAGACCGCAUUCGUUUUUUAUGAACUAGAUUUACCAAUUCUUGCCUCGGUCUUGCGAAGCCUUUUCUCUUUUAAUUCUGCAGAAAAUCAAGAGUUUAUGCCCGUCACAGAAUGUGUUUUGUCUCAAAAAAGAAAAAUAUCAUCAAAUACAUAAUUUUUUUGGCGACAAAAAUUCAUAAUAAUUGUUUCUAGUGUUUUGUACUAAUUUAUGCUUGAAUGGACAAAAUCAUAACUCUUGGUAGAUUAUUCAGGAGUGUUCUAAUAUUUCUCCAGCUAUUGGUUAUAUUCUGAUUUACGAUUUGCGUUCAUUAAUAUUGUGGUUGGUCAAAUAACUUCUUCGAAUGUUUUCACUUUAUCUCUUAAGUUGAGAAAACUAGGAAAUAUUAUGUCAAUGUUUUACAUAUUUAAAGCCAUUGUAGGUACAUAUAUUUUGUUUGCUUCUGUUCUGGUGCAAAUUAAGCUUAAUAUUUUUAGUUCCUACUAUUUUUAGGUUAUUUUGGUACUAAUUUUACAGUUUAAAAUAAACUUUGUUGCUAAAACUGCGUGUUGUACUGUUUUUACAUGAAUUUAUGUUUUAUAAGCGUUGAUUUUUGCAAAAUAAAUUUAGUUUCUAA